ACUCUUAAAAAAGGGGUCUUUCUUUCUUCUGUCAUCUAUAGCUUGAAAAAUAUAAAAGAAAAAGCCCUAAGAAAAUUGUUUGAGUGGGCAUUCGAUUCAACCCUGUUCUGUUCUGUGCGCACCAUUACCAGCAGCCAUGGCCUUAAACAACGGUCUCAGAUCCAUCGCCAAGCAGCUUAUCGCUUCCUCAUCCGAAUCCACCCUUUUCCUCAAGCAAGGUACUAGAAGUCUUCACUCAACCGGAGUGAAGAGAAUGGGUGGAGGAGGACACGGGCAUGACGAUUACGAAUACUACCUUCAUGCAAAGCACAUGUACAAUUUGGACAGGAUGAAGUAUCAGAAAGUGAAGAUGCCUCUUGCUGUCUUUACUGCCUUUAGCAUUGGUGUUUUCGUUCCAGUCUACGCUGUUAUUUUCCAGCAAAAGAAGACCGCCUCUGCUUAGAUUAAUUCUUAAAAAAAUGUUCAUAAUAAGGAUGUUAAUGGCAUCUGAAUUCCUUUCUGGUACACUUUUGUCGUCGCAAUCAUUUUGCAGAUUUCAUAUUUUUUCUCGGUUUUGUUUUCAAACUCUUUGCUGUUAAUUGAACUUACCCUUUUGAAAGCGCA